UUUCCAGGCUCCGCGGGGGUCAUGGGCAAUUAUUGGAGAUGAGGGCCUCCGGGGAAUUCUGAGUAGACUUUGGAAGAAAGCGUUGUCAACAAGAAAUUCGAACAUCUCGAACAUCUAUCAAGUAAACCUUUGAAGCCGCCCUGACACACCGCUGGUGGCGAGCCAGUUCAUCCCGCCAGGAAGGCACUUAUUGAUGGACAUGCCGGCGAGCGCUUGGCUUGAGCCCACGACCGCCAGAACGGAAUGCGCUUGACGCGAAGUCUUUUUUUCUUCCGGGGAGAAAUGGCGGCUUCCGUCCAAAAAAAGAAGCGACAACAUGUAGCAAGAGCCGAGUGACACCCGCCAAUGCCUACACAUGUGCGAUGCUGCACAGUGUUGACACGUGCUCCUGCCACUUCAACGCAAUUCCACUCCACAGAUGCCACAAUAGGUAUAAGAACGCCCUCGUCAGACCGUCCGGGACGAGCCAAUCCCUUGAUACAUCAGCUGCCUCGAACAUGAUACGCUCUUUUCUGUUGGUGGCCGCUGUGGCCUCGGCGGCUUCGGCCCGUGUGAUGGAUAGUCUUGCAGCUGUCCCGAGGGGGUGGGAAUCAGUGCGUCCAGCGUUGCCAGAAGAGACGGUAUCUCUUCGCAUUGCCCUCAAACAGCAGCGAGCUGAAGCCCUGGAACAAGCCGUCCUCGAUAUCUCGACUCCCGGACAUCCCAAAUACGGCAGACACCUAACCCGCGAUGAGCUCAGGUCCUACACAACUCCCUCCCGGUUAGCCACUCUCGCCGUCACCCGUUGGCUCGAGGAUCACAACAUCCAGACUGCGGUUGCCGACAAUGACUGGGUUACCUUCAGCACCACGGUCGAAAACGCCAGCCAUCUUCUCAAGACGGAUUUUGCCUGGUAUCGGAACGUCGAGAACAACAUCGAGCUCAAGCUGCGGACACUUGCCUACUCGGUGCCAGAUGAGGUGGCACCACACAUUGAUCUGGUGCAGCCCACCACUCGGUUCGGCCAGCCUGUUGCCAAACGGUCCACCAUCUUCGAGAUGCACCAUCUUGAUGCCAAUGCUGCCAAUAAGAUCAAGCUUGCCGCCGCCGGCCAAGCAAACUGCAACCUUACCAUCACCCCGGAUUGUCUCAAGUGGCUGUACGGCAUCAAGUACAAACCCACAGAUUCGAUUGAGAACACGAUUGCAUUUGCUUCGUUUUUGGAGCAGUACGCCCGCUAUGACGACUUCCAGACGUUCCAGAGCAGGUAUAUUCCAGAAGCGCAGGGGCAGAACUUCACUGUCGAGCUGGUUAACGGCGGUUUGGAUGAUCAAAAUAGCUGGCGUGACAGUGGUGAAGCAAACCUCGAUGUCCAGUACAUCCACGCAGUCAGCCACCCUGCUCCCAUCCUCCAAUACAGCACGGGCGGCCGCGGUCCCCUGAUCCCCACCAAGACCCAGCCCAAGCCCCCGGGCACCAACGAGCCUUAUCUCGAAUGGCUCACCUACCUCCUCAACCAGACCGACGACAAGAUACCCAAGGUCGUCUCGGUCUCGUACGGCGAAGAGGAACAGUCGAUUCCCCGUGACUACGCCGUCAAGGUCUGCAACAUGUUCAUGCAGCUCGGAGGACGUGGUGUCUCGGUCAUCUUUGCGUCGGGGGACUCGGGUCCAGGCACGCAUUGCAUCCGUAGCACGGACAAUGCGACCUUCUUUGAGCCAACCUUCCCGGCCGGCUGCCCCUAUGUCACCUCGGUGGGGGCCACGUACCUCACCAACCCCGAGAAAGCCAUCAGCUUCUCGUCUGGCGGCUUUAGCAUGUAUCACCCAAGACCGCAGUGGCAGAGGACGGCCGUGGAGCCGUACCUGCGAACGAUUGGAGACACGUAUGCGCCCUACUUUGACCCCCGCGGCAGGGCCAUACCGGACAUCUCAGCUCAGGGGUCCAACUUCAAUGUCAUUGACAAGGGAUACAACUCGCUGCUGUCAGGCACGAGCGCGUCGGCGCCGGUGGUGGCUGGGAUUGUGGGCCUGUUGAACGCGGCGAGAUAUACACUGGGGUUGCCGUCGCUGGGGUUCUUGAACCCGUGGUUGUACAACAAUUCGGAUGCUUUCACCGAUGUGGUUGUCGGGGCUGGAGUCGGGUGCCGAAGGCGUAAGGAGCUGGGGUACGGCGGCGCGUCCUGGAAUGCCACGGUGGGUUGGGAUCCGGUGACGGGGUUGGGCACACCCAAGUUUGGAAGACUGUUGCAGCUGGCGGCCCCGGGGGUUGCCAAUGCCUAGAGCAAGAGGGGAAGGGCAGUGUUAGUGGGUAAUUAAUAGUUUAGUUGUAGAGUUAAUGAGGGAUUGAGUCGCUCACUUUGAAAGAGACGUGAGGGGCAAUCUGGGUCCAUCUGCGUGUGCAUCUCUCAGGUUUGUGCAACGGGCUUGGAUGACGUGUGAGUGGAAUGUGUGGGCGGGAGGGUGGCUGCAUUGCCCGUUGAUCGGCGUCUUUGAGUUUGAGGCUGU